AUGAGUCGGCUGCUUUCCCUACAUCAAAUACCAUUGUACGAAAAGACCAUUCCAGGAUUUGCACGCCGAAAACAACCUAUUUCGGCUGAUAACAAUCGCAAAUUUGGGUAUUCCAUGCCUACUGUACGGUCUGGCGGCGGAGGACCACAAUUGAGUAAGUACCCGUACGACAGUAGCAUGGUUUCGCCAUCGUGCUGCCUCGAGUAUCGACCUACAGGAGCGUUUUGGGCGAUCCUCUUUUUCGUGGUGUUUCCAGCGAUCUACUUAAGCGGGAAAGUCGUUGGUACAUUUCUGACUGUUCUGCUACGAGUGCUAAGAGGAUUGUGCAAACUCCUGCUAUGGGAUGAUGAAGACUAUGAAGAGGAGGCCGAGGAGUUGAGACUAGAGAGGCAGAGGAAGUUGCUGGAAAAGGAGAAUGCUAGACGGCUGCGUCGCGAAGAGCGCGCGAAGAAACGUGCCGACGCGGCGGCGCGGCAGCUUGCGGAGAAGAACGAGAAGAUGGCAUCACUUGUGGCCAAUGGUGGAUCUCGAAAUGGUGUGGCUAAAUGCAUGCCGCCUUCGGACCUCAGCGAAUCGCUGAACUCCGAAUGUGAAACCGAUGAGCAGCGAGUGACGCCUUCAAUCGCUGAGGGCACGACGAUCGUUGAGGAGAAAACGUUAACCAAUGGCCAUGUUCCGACCGCUAAUGGUGGCGCUGACGUAACGUCUACGUCGACGCUGCGGCAUCGGACCACACAUCAGUGA